AAAAGGAAGCGCUCGGUUCGUGAUAGCGCUCGUCCGUAGUACUUGUUUGAUUUGUGUGUCCGUUCGUCUUAUUCGCGUCUUAAUGUUGCGCCUAAAGUGAUUUGUAUCUCUGUGUGGUAUUGUGUGUAGUUUGCGUACAUAAUUGGAUGAAAUAAAACCAUCCAUUAAUACAGCGCAUAUCGCUUAAAGACGCGCACUAUCCAAGCCAAGCGCCGCAUCGUACCGCAUGCCCACACGCACGAAUUAACGCUUUUUUGUCAUUGUUUCAUUAGGCUUGGGUCAGAUUUUACCUAAUGAAUACACACGGCAUGUACAGCUUCACUGCCUACUAAUAGUAUGAUUUAAGCCAUAAGCGAAUAUUCCAUGAGAAAAAGUGCGUAAAAAGUUGCUUACGACACACACAUACACACAUAUAACAAAGCCUUCCCUGCGCUUCAGAACGAAGCAGCCUUUGACGCGCACACUUAUCAACCAUUUACCUGCUGCACUAAAGGCAAGGAAGCACAAAGUUUUCGCGCAUAAACUAACGAGAAAAAGGGAUACGAAUAUUUUGUAACAAAUGGCGGCGUUCCGUGUUCAUGAAGAUAUGGAAAAGGAAAAUCGGGUCCUUCAGGCCCUAGCAGGUGGUAAGAAAAAUGUGAUCCUUGGUUCGACAAACGUCGUUCCGGCAGCUGCUGGGAAAAAUGUGCUUUUACCAUCCAUUGGCAACCAGCAACAGCAACAACGUACUAUGUUUAGCGUGCUGGAUAAUGUGCAAAAUAACGUCGGAAAGAAUGUGGAAAAGACGGGUAAGGAUGCAAAGCUUAAAAAUCAACGUGCCGGCCCAUUGCCAAAGCCGGUCCAGGCAGGAAACGAGAAUGCGGUCGAAGCGAAGCAAAGUUUACAGCCUAAGGUUCAAAAAAAGCCAUCCGCACCAGUUGAAGCAUUUAAAGGGUUUGAAAUAUACGAUGAAACUAAGGAAAAUUUGCCCGAAAUGUGCAAUCCCAAGAAAAGUGAUAUGGUGCACGAGAAACGUGCUCCUUUGCAGGAGUUGAAACACGUGGAACUGCUCGAAACGCCCAUGUCGGUGGCGGAAACCUAUUCCCCCAUGUCCGUAGACAAAUCGGCAAGCCUGAUCGUCGUUGACCAAGGACCUGUCCCUAGGAACGAUCGCGAACGUUUCUUCGAGGUCGAAGAGUAUCAGGAAGACAUUCUUGUAUACCUGAAGGAGGCUGAAAAGCGGAAUCGUCCAAAGCCGGGCUAUAUGUUGAAGCAGACGGACAUAACCUACUCAAUGCGUACGAUUCUUGUCGACUGGUUGGUGGAAGUUUCGGACGAAUAUAAACUGCAAGGAGAAACGCUCGCCUUGGCCGUCUCGUACAUUGAUCGGUUUCUUAGCUUCAUGUCGGUAGUGCGUGCCAAGCUGCAGCUGGUCGGUACAGCUGCUAUGUUCAUCGCAGCCAAAUACGAGGAAAUCUACCCACCGGAUGUGAGCGAGUUCGUUUACAUCACAGACGACACGUACACCAAGACACAAGUCCUGCGCAUGGAACAAUUGAUGCUAAAGGUGCUAUCGUUCGACUUGACCGUGCCUACAUCAUUGGUGUUUAUUAACAGCUACUGCGUAAUGAAUGACGUGCCGGAUAAGGUCAAAUACCUAGCGAUGUAUCUUUGUGAGCUGUCGCUACUGGAAGCAGACCCAUAUCUGACGUAUAGGCCGUCAAAGAUAGCUGCUGGAGCAUUGGCAUUGGCAAGACACGCACUCGAUUUGCCGAUGUGGUCGAAGAUGCUAGAGAACAACACGGGAUACACGCUGCAUGAAAUGAAAGAUAUUAUAUUGGACUUAAAUAAAACGCAUAUCGAUGCGGCGACGAUGCAACAGCAGGCUAUUCAGGAAAAGUACAAAUCCAAAACAUACCUCGAGGUCGCAACCAUACCCGCUACUGAACUGCCUAAGAAUUCGCUUGACAAACUGUGUGAGAUCCCUGUAUGUAACGCUUCUGCUGCUUCAACUCUGCUGUUCGUUUAACCUAAAUCAGCAUCCAAUAGCGGGCUUUUUUGUUUCAUUAGUGAAUAGUUUUCUUUUAUAUGUAUUUAUAUUUGUGCUUUAUGUUCAGGAAAUUUCUCAUAUCCCUGUAAAGCGAACCGUUCUCAAAAUUUUCUGUUUGGUAGUGUUUCGUACUUCUCUACGUUGUAACGCUGUAAGACAAUGGUAGCCUAUAAUGUAUACUAUUUUGUAUAACUUUACAAUGCUACGCAAGCUUUUGCUAAACCUGUUCAUAUGCUUUUUCGAUAACUGAUUAUUCUAUUCGCAACGUAUUAAAAAUGUUAACUGCCAUGACAAAUGACAUUCUGCUGGAUAUGCACAUUUAGAUAAAAUGCCACUACCCGGUCGUGCUUUAUAUACGACAAAUGGCAAUUAUGUUUUAAAAGAGUAAAUGUGUGAAGUACGGUAUACUUAAUGUUUUGACAAAAAUGUAGCUUCAAUAAGGGUAUGGAGACAGAUAAGUUCCAGUUGAAGAGGAUUGGACGAGGCGUACGCUACAGGGUUGUAACCAUCGACGACGGUGAUUUCUACCGAGCGCCAUGUUCAAGGGUGCCACGAUUACAAGAAAAGUGUAAACGAUUUGCUGGCGUAUCAAGGGAUGAAUAUUUGUUAAGCAAUCUUAUGGAUUAAAGUAUUUCAAUUAUUUUGUUACACAUUUUACAUAAAAAUAAAACCAACACGACGACGAGAAUCA